CGAUCUAAGUCAUGUUAAAAAGUUAUCAACAAAAGAUAUAAAAGAAAUAUGAAAAAUUGCUCAUCACCACCGUGUAAUACGAGGGUACUAAUCUAGUUUUUAAUAUUUUAAAAUUAUGUUAAGACUCCUUAAAACUCAACUAAAUUUAGAUCUUCAUUCCUCAUACUCAUUUUAAGAUUUCUUAAAUGUUGUGCUUUGGUAUACGUAUAGGCAAAAUGCAGUGUAUAGAGUAAUAACUAAUAAGUAGAGUUUUAAGUUAAGUCUUGAAUUUCCAAGACUCCGUUCAAGACUUUGUUGAGGCUUUACUUCAUAAAUGCAUAUAUUUUAUGAAGUCUUGUCUUAAAACAAUUUCAUAGUGAUUUGUUGAUGUCAUGUUGAGUCUUAAGACCUAGGGCUUAAGUAGAAAAUAAAACUUGACACUAGUGACUUAAUGAGACUACGUAUUUCAAGGUCUGAUCUAGAAGACAUGUGUGUGUUUUUGUAAUUUAUAACCAAAUUUGUAUUCAGUGGUGAUAGUCUACAUGAAUUAAUAGGAGCUGUAUUAAUGAGGGGCCUGGGCAGAUUGUAAGAUGUGUGUAAGUGGGUUGGUUACAUCUAUAGAGUGAACCACAUUCACCCACGUCACUCUUUCAUCAUAAUUUGUGUAGUGAAGUUAGGCCGAAGAUCAGCACCCCCCAAUCUAGAAGAUCAGUUGUCCUCUUCCGUAGUGUUGUUAUAUUAGCUUUGAUAAACCAUCAGACCAUUUAUAUCUAUUUUUUUUGAAACUUUAGUAUCGGGGGUAGUUGCGCUAAAUGUGGCUAUAUAACGGCUUCACCUUUUCUGCAUGACUUGCAUUAUUAUAAUAUCUCCAAUCUUCUACUAGUAGUCCGUCUAUUACUUUUCUUUGAAAGGGAGUUGCAUGUUGUAUUAGCUAGCCUAGUGAUUACAAGAGAAAAACAUCCGAGUGAGGAUCCUAAACAAGUAACAAUGGAGGUAGAAAAAGUGCAAAACAUAGCCUUAAAGUUCAAUAACAACAACAAUAAUAGCAGUAGAAUAAUAGAAGAGAGCAGCAUUCCAAAGGAGUUCAUAAGGUCAGAGAAUGAGCAGCCAGCAAUAACAACGGUGCAUGGUACUGAACUUGAAGUGCCAACCAUUGAUUUGAGCGAGGCCGACGAAGAUCAACUGGUUGAUUUGAUUUCAAAGGCCAGUGAAGAAUGGGGUUUAUUCCAAGUCGUAAAUCAUGGGAUUCCAACACAAGUAAUUCAGGAUUUGCAAAAAGCAGGCAGGGAUUUCUUUGAGCUUCCCCAGGAAGAGAAGGAAGUCUAUUCAAAGCCACCACCUGGUUAUAAGGGUAGUGAAGGCUACAGCAACAAGCUUGGUAAGGAUAUUGAUACUGUUAGGCCUUGGGUUGAUCAUUUGUUCCACAACAUUUGGCCUCCCUCUGCUAUCAACUUCCAUUUUUGGCCCAAAAAUCCUCCAUCUUACAGGAAGGCGAAUGAAGAGUACGCGAAAUACUUAAUUGGGGUAACAGAGAAGCUGAUGAGAUGCUGGUCAAAGGGACUGGGUUUGGAAGAGCAUAAGAUAAAAGAGGGAGGAGGCGGUGAUGAAAUGGUGUAUCUGGCUAAGAUCAAUUACUAUCCACCAUGUCCUCGCCCUGAAUUAGCACUUGGAGUGCCGGCUCACACCGAUUUGAGUUUGCUUACUAUACUUGUUCCCAAUGAUGUAGCCGGCCUUCAAGUUUGUAGGGAUGGUCUCUGGUACAAUGUCCGCUAUAUUCCUAAUGCCCUCAUCAUCCACAUCGGUGACCAACUUGAGGUUCUCAGCAAUGGGAAAUACAAGGCAGUGCUUCACAGAACAACUGUUAACAAAGAGAGAACAAGGAUGUCAUGGCCCGUCUUCAUUGAACCCCCACCACACCACGAGGUGGGGCCUGUCCCCGAGCUCAUCACCGAAAAGAAUCUGGCCAAAUAUAAGACUAAGAAGUUUGCUGAUUACAAAUAUUGUAAACUUAACAAGCUCCCUCAGUGAUAGAUAAUAUGAGUUUGAACUAUGUGGUUCAUCUACUUUUAAACUACCUUUUACAGUUCCUGUAUCUUUUUUACAGCUUUUUUUCUUAAGAGAAGUUUCAUUUCGUAUCCUGGCAAUUUUGCCUAUGAUUUGCUUUCCAAUAAAGCCAUUGCUUUCACUACAA